AAACAGCAUUGCAGAGGAUAAGAGUAAACGAUAAAGCAUAAUAGCCCAAACAAAAUGUGAAAAAGUUAAAAAUGCUGUUGAAGAAAUAUGUGAAAACUCGGCGCAAGUUCAAAAUACUGCUACUGGUGGCAAUUGUCGCAUUGAUAAUUAUCACUAGCGCUAUUUUACUGGGCGCAACGGGACCAAGCAGUGCUGUGGAACGUUUGCUGGACGAACGCUUCAUAGCACGUGCCUAUCAGCCGCAAUCAGAGCAACAGCAGCAGCAGCCCAGGGAACAAGCAGUUGGCUUGCUGCAGUCACGCCGAGAAAAUGGUGUCAUUGUCCCGGAGAAAUAUGACGAGCAAAAAAUUAAGUCGCGCAUUAUGCAAAGUCGCUUGCAGCAGCUGAAGCAGCAACAGCAACGGGACAAUGAGGCGGAACAAACGCGGACUACGCUCGAUACGGUGGCCACGGCUGUGCAUAUCUUUUAUACGGCACCCGUGCAGUGGUACAAGUCAAAGAAAUCGCCAUUGCCGGCGCCCGAGCAUCCCAAUGAAGUCUCGCUGCCUCUAACAACUUCCAAGCCCGUCAAGGUGCUGAACACCAUUUUCUAUCCGGCGCUAGGGCUCUACAAACCCAGCGCCAAGCUGUUGGCGGAGCACUUUGAGAAUAUUCGUAGCUGCGGUAUAGGAGUGUUGAUUCUCAGCUUUGCGCGUCCUUCCGAUCCCGCGCUGCUGCAACAAAUACUUGAGCUAGCGCCCCAGCAUAACUUGAGUGUGACCUUUGAGCUAAGUGUAACGGCAGGCAAUCGCAGCGUGGAGCUAGUGCGUCAGCAGCUACACGACAUAUCAGCAUAUGUGCAGCAGCCUGGCUUCUAUCGCGUUUGGAGUCAAUCCCAUAAGGCUUUGAUGCCUGUGCUCUACAUAAGCAACGCCUACAAGCUAAGCGAGAGCUUGGGCCGACAGCUAUGCCGCGCAAGAGAGAACGAAAAACAUAAAGAGAAUGCAGUGGGAUUGCGACAACUGUUAGAUGCCUUUUUCAUUGGACACAUUAGACUCAAAAGCCAUGCGGAUGUCAUGCGUCGUUUGUGCUUCGAUGGAUUUUAUAGCAAGCUACCGAGCAAUGGUGCGGUGUUCGCCAGUACCUGGAAGAAUUGGUCAUACCUCAAGUCCUUUGCACUGUCCUACAAAAUGCUGUUUGUGCCCACUGUCGGCCCAGGCUAUGCAGAGCGCAAUAAAUUUCCGCGUCAUGGUGAUAUACAGCGACAUCGCAGCAAUGGACGCUACUACGGCGUAGCCUGGCGAACUGCUAUACUCAACCACGUGGGCUUCAUUAACAUUGCCAGCUAUAACAAUUGGCCGGAUGGCAGUCAAAUCGAGGAAGUUGUGCCACGCGCUGGUUUUCUUGAUUACAAUCCUGGCUCGAAAACCAAGUAUCUGGAUCUAACUGCUCAUUGGGUUGGGAAUUUCCUUAAGACACGGCAAGAAGCGGCGGCGGCUGUUGCGCCUCAGAACUGUUACGAGCUACUCAAUAACACAAUUUGUUGAGCUAAUUUGUUGCAUGUUCAUGCGUGCGAGCAAUUCGUGAUUUAACUCUCAUAUCCAGGCACCAAAUAUUGGGAUGGAUAGGAGCAUCUGAUUACUUUAGAUGCAAUUCCAUUUGCAAGUUACUCAAUUACUUUCUCAAUGUUAAUACGAGUUUUCUACUAUACUAUAUACACAUAUUUGCCUAUAUAUUAGCAACCAAAACAAUUAUAUACAUUUAUAUACAUACAUAUAUCUGCCAAAAAGUGUGUGUAAACAACAAGCAAUACGUACAGUACUCUUAAGUAGUGUUAAAUCUAGUAUGUAUACCAAACAUUUAAAUUUUCGAUAUUAGACUUUGAUUAAUUAUUAGAAUGAGCAACAAUAAUACUAAUACCUAAUACUGUAUGCCAUGCCAGGUAGUAAUAAUUCAAUUAUUUAUUAACACUUGUUAAUCGAAAGGUACUUAACAAAUUUUAACUUUCUCACAAGUACACAAAUCUU